CCCCUCCGGGUUGCAGAUGGUUAACAUCUGCAUUUGGGCAGAUGGGCGUUGCUUCUAAGUAGGAAGUGGUCUGUGCUCGGGCCAAUGUCAGUCUCGCCCCGAGGUUCCCUCAAUGACCAGGAGCCCCGUCUUGUUCUCAGUCCGGGCGGCCGACGUGGGAGCCUGGAGCGUCGCCGGGCGCGUGGCCGGAACGCCCUGCGGAUCGCGGCGUCGCUAAGGGUCCCUCCUCUCCUGUCACCCCCGUGGGCGGGCCCACAGCUCGGCCAGAACCGGCGGCACCAUGAGUGAGGAGUCAGGGAGCUACCCGGACGCCUAUGACGACUACAACGCCACGGCGGACUACGCUGUGGACCCCACCGGCCCGUGCGUCCUGAAGGACGUCCGCGACUUCUCCCGGCUCUUUGUGCCCAUCACUUACUCCUUGAUCUGUGUCUUCGGCCUCCUGGGCAACGUCUUGGUGGUGCUCACCUUCGCGUUCUACAAGAAGGCCAAGUCCAUGACCGACGUGUACCUCCUGAACAUGGCCCUGGCCGACAUCCUGUUCGUGCUGACCCUGCCCUUCUGGGCGGUGACGCACGCCACGGGCCAGUGGGGCUUCAGCGGCGCCCUGUGCAAGCUGGUGCGUGGCGUCUACGCCGUCAACUUCCACUGCGGGAUGCUGCUGCUCGCCUGCAUCAGCCUGGACCGCUACGUGGCCAUCGUGCAGGCCACGCGGUCCUUCCGCCUGCGCUCCCGGAUGCGGGCGCACCACCGCGCCAUCUGCCUGGCCGUGUGGGCCCUGUCCGUCCUCAUCUCCACUGGGACCUUCAUCUUCAACCAGAAGUAUCGGCUGCAGGGCCGGGAGGUGUGCGAGCCCCGGUACCUGGGGGUCUCCGAGCCCCUCCGCUGGAAGCUGCUGCUGCUGGGCCUGCAGCUGCUGUCGGGCUUCUUCAUCCCCCUGCUGUUCAUGACGUUCUGCUACCUGUUCAUCGUCAGGACCCUGCUGCAGGCCCAGAACUCCAAGCGGCACAAGGCCAUCCGCGUGAUCGUCGCCGUGGUCCUCGUGUUCCUGGCCUGUCAGGUCCCUCACAAUGUGGUGCUGCUGGUGACGGCCGUGAAGCUGGGCAAGGUGGGCCGGUCCUGCCAGGGCGAGAAGGCGCUGGGCUACCUGGAGACGGGCACCGAGGUGCUGGCCUUCCUGCACUGCUGCCUCAACCCUGUGCUCUACGCCUUCGUGGGCCAGAAGUUCCGGAGCUACUUCCUGAAGAUCGCCAAGGACCUGCUGUGCGUGGGGCGGCGGCGCGCGCCCGGCCUGGCCUGCGCCCGGCUGCACUCGGAGGCCUUCUCCUCCCGGCAGAUCAGCGAGACCGCGGACAACGACAACCCGUCCUCCUUCACCAUGUGACCCACCCCGGGCGCCAUCCUCGCGGGAGUGUGUGCGGUGUCUUCCCCGGGGACAGGGACCGCGGCGGCCUUGGGCUGUGGACAUCUGGGGGGGGCGGGGGGGGGGCUCAUGCAGGUAGCGGUUUCCAAAUUUCCUCCACCAGGAACUCUGAUCCUGCCGCCUCUGACGGCCGGCGCCAAGAGGCAGGCUCCGGGCCGCGCGCGUCUCAGGGCAGGGCUGACCAACGGGAGCUCCGGGGAAAUAUUAGUGAACCGGCCCUAGACCACUGCUCCUUCAGUCAGAGCAAAGCAAUCACACGGUUUGAAAAACCAAGACAGAAAAACAAAAAUGAAUAAAAGCCCUGGUGCCACGCAUUCUGGUCAAACACUCCAUCCAGCCGAUGCCCGCCGGGUGCCAGGGAGGCCGGAGCGGCAGCGACGCCCUGGAGGCGGCGGGCCGAGGGCAGCAGGGGAACCAGCCCGAGCGCAGCCGGAAUCGCUGCGGACAGACGGGCGGACAAGGCGCUGGGCAAGCACCAGAGACGUCGUCACACGGAUCAGGCGCCUCGGGCUGUGAGGGGCACGGGAAAGCGGGCGUUCGCUGUGCUUCCCUGGAAGUGGCCCUGCUGGGAGCCGCCAGCCGAGUGUCCGGGGCCGGGGCCGGGGCCGGGGCCGGGGUCCGCGCACAGAGGGCGUCCUAAGUUCCGUUCAGACGUCAGAGUGAAACGGAGGGGCAGUGCCGCUUACAGCGUGAGGUGUUACAUUUUUAAAAAAUAAAAAUACUUAAAAAACAAGGACACUGCCGAGGAAAUACGCAGGGACUCUGCCCCUUUGGGUGGGAACGGGCCAGGAGGAGGCUCCGUCCCUCGCAGGCCCAGCGCCUCCGGGCUCUGCUGUGGACGCUGGGGAGGUUUUCCCGAGUCGGCGGUCCACUAGGAAUCGGGUUUCCUCCACUCUCUCAACUUCUAGAAAGUUCCUGGAACCCGUGUUUGGAAGGGCCGUGCACAGGUAGGAGCACAAGAGGAGAAAGCUCAGCGCGUCCCGAAGGACAGCCACGCUGGGGACACGCUGACAGGGUGCCCGGAGGCUGUGCGUGCGGUGCGGACGGGCGUGUCCUCUAAGCGUUCUCUCGCUCUCACGGGCGUGACCUGCGUCUCCGCGUGGGAUUCAAAGUGACAUCUCAGGACUUGAGUCUGCGUUUCAUUAAAAACUUUUUUAAAGCCACUAGUUUUUUUAAAAAAUUUAAAUUGAUUUCAGAGAAGAAGGGAGAGAGAGAAACAUCAACGAUGAGAGAGAAUCACUGAUCGGCUGCCUCCUGCACGCCCCCUGUUGGGGACCGAGCCCACAACCCGGGCCUGAGCCCCGACCCGGAAUCAAACCAUCACCUCCUGGUUCACAGGUCGACGCUCAACCACUGAGCCACGCUGGCCGGGCUUGAAGUUUGCAUUUAAAACAUGGCGUUGGCUUUGCAAAACGAAACUGGUUUGCGUGUGAAGUAGAGACGGUCUUGCAGCCUCGGUGUUCCGUUAGCAGUCGCCUCCAGAUAUCAACGCGAAGGAGAGGCCCCCAGCGGCCUCUUUCAGGUGCCUGGCACGGACAGGACCCCAGGUGGCAUGGAGACGCCGGGUGCCUGGCACUUGGAGAUGGGCACCUCUGCGUGAUCGGAGUCCCCGGAGGAGGCUCGCCCCCCUAAGCAGCAGCCCUUCCCCACUCGGCCGCAACGAAUAAAGAUGUUUCCAAAUGCCCUGACUGCUUUGCUUCGCCGAGUGGCGUCUGCGUCCUCGCUGCGCGGGCAUCAGGUGGGUCAGGCCCACCCGCCGCGUUUGGCGACACCCGGCACCCACACCCGCGGGCACGAGCGGCGUGGGCUUCUCCCACAGGAAGUGCUCGGGCUGGCCCUGCCAGUCCUGUCCUCCCGCCACCGACGCCCAGGCUCCGCGUCUGCCUUCGUCUCCGCACCGGCUUCGGCCACGUCCGCGGAGUGGCCAUCGGCACCUGUGAGAACACACUCGCCGGGAGGGCGUCACACCUCGGCCUGUCGUUAGUGGAGUAGCCGCACACACACGCACACUCAUGGCGUCACACGCGUGUGAGCAAUCACGCCUGUCUGUGUGACCAGGGACGGUUUUCUUGGUUCCUGCUACAAAGUGGCUCAGAGGGUCCCCAUCGGUUCUUUCUGGACAAAGGAGACUUUUCACCCACAAACCUCAGCGGGGGUGGGAAUGCAGGCAGGAGUGUGACCUUGUCAGCGGCACACCUCGGUCAGAGGCACCGCGGUAUCGUGCAAACUGCCCGCCCAUUUGCUCCUGAGGCCGGACAGGCUGGUGUGCAAGGGAGGCCUGAAAGGUCCAUUUUCAGAUCUUAAAAAUGUGUGGGGAUGUGUGCACGUCCCCGGCGUCCAUGGGCGUCGGCACAGAGACCCUGGCCAUGGGCACGCGUGUGGGCUUCCGUGCCCGGGCACCUUUCGCUGGGGCUGCCGGGACGAGAGGCCGGGGUCCGAGACCCGGGCCUGGGCAGGUGGGUGUUCCCCGGGGACCCCACUCCUGGCGGGCAGACGGCUCCCCUCCGGGGCCUCACACGGCCACAGCCGGCCGUCUGUGCUCCCAAAUCCCGUCUCCGCUCCUUAGAGGACGCAGGCGGGCUGGGUUAGGGCCACCCCACAGACCUCACCCGCCUUAAUCUCCCUUUACCACCCCGUUUCCAACGCAGUCACUUUCUCAGAAACAGCGGGGCCGUCAGCAUGGGCAUCGGCACACGCCCCGUGCCCUGUGCCCUGUGCCCUUUGCCCUUUGCCCUUCGUCCGUGUGGGAUAAGGUGGUAGCGGCAUCUCUCCUGCCCCUCAGCCUCUCUGCUGCCUCAGGGUCAGGCAGGCCAUCCAGACGGUCAGCAGGGGGCUGGGCCCCAGGCCGAUCUCAGGGGCCCAGAGGCUGCCUGGCUCCUGCCGUCACCAAGGAACGCCUUCCGCCAGGUACCCUGCGUCCUCAUGCCCAGAGCACGCGGGAGUCCCCCCGGCGUGGGAGGGGAAGGCGGGUGCUGCACCCCUCGCCUUGGGGAGAACGGAGGCUGAGGGUCUCAGGAGCCAGUUCAGCUGCACUAAACGUGUGAGAACACGAAGCCGCCGGGGUCUCCACUGAGGCGUCUGGGACGAGGCCAGAGGAGGGCCAGGGAGACAGGCCAGCAGGAUGGGCCCCCAGAGCCCCGACCGGCACCGUGGCUGGGCCUCCCCCCGUGACUCCCCGGGCACCCCACAGUCCCCGGACCCCGUCAGUCAGAGUUUUCAGACUACAUUUGGAAUUUAUUUAUUAUUAUUUUAAUAUAUUUUAUUGAUUUCAGAGGAAGGGAGAGGGAGAGAGAGAGAGAAACAUCAGG